GCUCUACUUCUCCCGCAGCACGUAGUGCGCAUGCUCACUCACAGUAAUCUGCCCAGGAUUUCGUGAUAUUAUUGUGCUGUGUUGGAUAGCAGUAGUUUCACCGUUUUUCGAUUGACUAUUCACUUAUUGUUUAUUUUGAGAAUAUCAGUUAACAUGGCAGAUCCAAGAAUACGACAGAUCAAAAUCAAGACUGGUGUAGUAAAGCGAUCAAAACAACGACUGUUCUGGACAAAGGACACCUUGUCCAACAUUCUGACGGAAGAUCACCAAAAGCUGGUGAAGGAGAAGGUCAUGUAUGUCAAGGAGACCAGGCAGCAGGAGGAGAAGAUUGAACGACUGAAAGCAGAGGCCUGCGACGAAGAGGCCGACUCCGAGGCCAAGUAUGUCAUCAAGAAACAGUUGGAGGUGCUACAGGAGUCCAAGAUGAUGAUUCCAGACUGUCACAGGCGUUUGACCAUAGCACACGCAGACCUGUCCCAGAUACUAGAAACAGAAGAGGACUUGGCUGAAGCAGAGGAGUACAAAGAGGCCAGGACCGUAUUGGAUUCAGUGAAGCUUGAAGGAUGAUGUUCUCACUCUGUAAUGCACUACUUAAAUGUCUAUUUCAUUCAUCUGGGCUUGUUUGGAAACGAAGACAAACAAAAUCGUUCAGCAUCUUUUUCUCUUUCUCACUCUUUUUUUAUUUUUUAUUUCUACAUUUGAAAACAACGUGCAGUCUGAUCUCGACAUCCUUCUCCAGAGUGUACAAUCUCACACAAGAAGAAAAUAAAAACGUAUUUCUUUUCUUACCAUGGGGGUUUGCUUGGUUUGUUUCUUCAACUAUACAGCUGCAAAUUAAGCCUGGUUGUAUUGUUUAACUCAUAUUAAAGCUAUACAAUAGUA